AUGCAGUUUGCCUACGCAGACCUCGAGCGCGAUCCCACCGCAACUCGUAGAUCCCCUCGUCCACAGCUCCUCGCUACAUGCGAAGACGAUCUCUAUAGAUUCAUCGUCUCCUCUGUCCCCGCUACAUCCCAAAAUAGCCAUCAGCGACACAAUGAUCAACGAGGAAAGCUCCUAGACGCCGGAUUCACAUUCUAUGAUCGCAAACAACCAGGCUGGACCACCCGUCUCUCCCGCGCAGAAAAGGCUUUCAUCGAUGCCACAGACGCAAACUGGGACGUGCUCUCCCGCGACGAAAGUACCACUCUCCGCGAUACUCUAAAACCCAUCAGAGUCGACCGGUUCAACUCCGUCUGGAGCGUCUGGGCCACGGCGACGACUAGCAUCCGUCAAUUCCAGUUCUCCUGCAUCGAGACGAUAAUGUACUGUUCAUGUCGCCGGGCAGAUCAAGCCCCAUCGACUUCGACUUCCUUCCAGUCAUCCUUCGUCACGCCACCUGUCCACCCAAGUGACAAAGACGGCCUCUCCAUCCAAGAAGUCAUCUCCCGCCCCUUCGCCCCAGGUUCUCUAUUCCCCUGCCGCGACUGCUCCCUCGAAGAUGCAGUUAUCCGCGAAUGCAGAAUAACAUCCCUUCCACUCAUGAUUGUCACCCUCGACGAGCGCGUGACCGUCAACAACCACACACAGGGCUUUUCAUUCUCCUACCUUGACUCCAACGGCGUGCCCCAAACCGCUACAUAUGGCUGGCUCGGGAGCGUUUAUAUGCAUAACAACCAUUUCCGCGUGUGCUGGACUGACGAAAACUGCGGGGAGACUAGUGAGGGCGCGGUGAAGAUGUACGAUGGCAUGCAGAGCGCAGGGGCUAUCGCUGGUGGUAUUUCACCAUAUCGGGCUGACGAGAGGGUGCUGCCAAAUUGGUUCCGGGGGCGAACUAUUCUGCUGCUUGUUUAUGAGAGGGUUAUCGAUCCGCAGCCCGAGGUGCUGAAUGGUGCUAUGCAUGCGGUUUGUAGGAUGAUGAAUGCAUCGGUAGCUGGCGUGUCGGUCUUGAACGGUCAUGUUCCGUGGGCUGCAUCGGGGGAGGCCCAGGUGCAAGGUAUUCCUACCCUUUACACCCCACCAAUCACAAUUGACGACCCUAUGGUUUCUUCUACAGCUGACAUCCAGGCUCUACCUAAGAUCCAAGUCCAAAUCCGAGACAAAACCAACCCGCCAAUCCCCUCAAUCGAAACUCCCUACACCCUAUCCCCCUCCAAACCCUAA